UGGAAAUUUGCGCCCUGGAGGACAGUUCUACAGUCUGCGCUGAGAUGAGAGGACUCACAUUGAAAAAUAUUUGCCAAUGUGGCGUGUUCACUUACCUUGUCUUGUUUUCUUUCAUGUCUUUGACCGCUGCAGUUAGUUUCGACCUGACUGAACUUAGGAAUAAAGUUGCUAAAAUCAAAGUGAAUCCAAGAGGCAAUCUUUGGGCAACAGGACAUUUCAUGGGGAAGAAGAGUGUGAUGGAUACCCCUCUGCUGCCUUCACCUGAGGAGCAGGUCGUCGAUGCGCUGGAAGUCAGCCUUCCCGCGGAACAAACCGCACUCGGGGAGCUAUUCCAAGAGUUUGUGCGGGUAGCGUUGCAAACGCAGGUGGACGCACAAGCGAGUCGAUCGAAAAACCAGGAGGCGGACUUGUUAAUGAAGAUUUUAGAAAACUACAUCCAAAGCAUAAAGUGACGCAGAGGAUAAUUAUCUGGCUCGCAUGAACACGGAUUUAAGGUCAUCAGGCCUUAAUGGGUUAAAAUAAACGAAUCAGAAACAUGCUAUGGUCUCUUACUCAUCCUGAGUGUACUUUACUGCAACUGUAUUAACUGAUGUUUCAUUUUCCGUUGGCAACAGCGCUUUCCAGUUCAUUCUUAUGGUGUUAUUGUUCUUUAGUUAGGCUGUUUAUAUGAAAUAAAAAUAAUUAUUUGCA